AUGGAAUUUGAACAGAAAAUAGAAACAGAAACAAAUGAAGAUAUUGAAAAAGAAAUAUAUGAAUGCUUCUCAUUAUUUGAUACAAAUAAAUGUGGUUAUAUCGAUAUUAGAGAAUUUUAUUUUGCUCUAAAAUCUCUUGGUUUAAAUUUUAAAAAAGAAAAAGUAAAAAAAUUAUUUUUAGAAAUAAAAAAUAAUCUUCAUGAUAAAUUAACAUUUGAUGAAUUUUUUGACAUUGCAUCAAAACAUAUAAAUACCAGAUAUAAUGAUGAAGAAGCAAAUAGCAUGUUCUCUUUGUUUGAUCCUUAUGAUACAGGGAAAAUUACUUUGGCUUCCUUAAAGGAAGUUUGUAAAGAGAUAGGGGAAGAAAUUGAAGAAUCUGAGCUAAUACGGAUGAUAGAAUAUGCUGAUAAAAAUAAUGAUAAAGCUAUUGAUAAAAAUGAAUUUAAAAACGUUCUUUUUACUAAAUGGAAAAAUGAACAAUUAAGUGAUUUGGAUUCCGAUUAA